AUGAUAUCAGAGAUAACAGAAGAGAAGGAUGAUGAUUCCUCUUGCUUCAUCAACACUGAAGAUCAGAAGAAAAGGGUCAGACAGAUUAUAGAGCAUCAGAAAUCAUUGUAUUGGUCUUCAUCUUCACCUUCAUUGUCAUCUUCGGCUGCUUCCUGUUCUUCAUUCUCUUCAUCUCACAAAAGUAGCAGUUUGUUGGACUUGAUGAAAGUUGGAAGCACGUCUUUGAGGAGAUUAUUUGACAUGGAGCAUACUAGUUUGGCAAAACAUUUUCAGGAUUACAGUGGCUCGCCAAUAAUAAAGUCUAUUCCUCUAUGGGGAAGCGAUACUGAGGAUGAGAUUCAUGAUCCAUGGGGAUCCAUCAGACAGAUUGGGAAUUUUAGUGAUCCUGGGUUGGAUGAAGCUAGCAAGACUGCUUCUGUUAGCUGCAGGAGUGACGAUUUUGUCUCCAAGGAUAAAAAGGCCAAGAAAAGCAAUCCCAGGUUAACCAGAAAAAAGUCGUUUCGGAGGUUGCCAGGGUUUCGUGUAUGGAGAUUUAGGAGAUUUAGUUUCAGGUUGAGAUUGAAAAGGUUUAGGAUUAUGAUAUGUGGUAAAAUUUUCUGA